AAGGGCGUAUUCGGGGUACCCCCAUUGUCGUCAUUGUCGAUCCAACUGAAUCCAUCCAUGUCCCGGAAGCCGAUCCAAGCCGGACCUAGCAUCGGGCCGCAUCCGAGAUGGCGUGCCCGGUUCGCUGACGCUACUAGUACUUACUAGCUACUCCUCAUCUCCCCGCUCCGUUGCUCAUUAUCACUUUCCAUAUUGGGUUGCUGAUGUUCUUAUGCCUUCCUUCUCAUGGUCGGACUCACAGAGACCAUGUACCGUGAGUCACGGAUGCAUGGGUCAUACAUAGUACAGAGCCUUUCAACAAUUGAUGCAAGACAGAUACAUAAACAAACUGUUGUUUCGCUAUAACAUGCCCUCAUCGUGACACGUCAACACUACAGUCCUCAUCUCUCCACCCGUCAAGAUGCCUUCUCGCGAACUGGAAUACCCCAAACAGCCGUACAGCACGGUCAAGCGACUCAACGACAGAGCCCGCUACUCUCUCGAAACCAUCCACGGCAUCAUCAACUCCUCCCCCUUCCUCAAUGUCGCCUUCCAAGACUCCACCUCCCCCUUCCCCGCCGUCCUCCCCAUGAUCGGCCAAAUGGGUUCCUUUUCGCGUCCUUCCGCCGACCUAGGCGACGUUCUCGACUUGUAUCUCCACGGCUACGUCUCCUCCCGCCUCAUGUCCCUCUCCCGCUCCUCCUCCUCCUCUUCCUCAGAGGAAGGAACACCCCUAACCAUAACCGCCACCCUCCUAGACGGCUACGUCCUCUCCCUCACUCCCAACUCGCACUCGUACAACUACCGCUCCGCCAUUCUGUUUGGGUUUGCCGUCCCCGUGACCGACCCGGCCGAAAAGCUCUGGGCAAUGGAACUAGUGACCAACAGCGUCGUUCCGUCUCGGUACCAAAACACGCGCACCCCGCCGAAUAACGCCGAGAUGCAGAGCACGAGUAUCUUGAGGGUCAAAAUCAAGGCGGGCAGUGCAAAGAUUAGAAGUGGAGAACCGCAUGAUGAGCGGGGGGAUAUGAAUAACCAGGAAAUAAGGGAGAAGACGUGGGUGGGCGUGGUGCCUGCUUGGAUGCAGUUUGGAGAGCCGGUGGCGGGAGGGUAUAAUCAGGCGGAGGAGGUGCCGGGGUAUUUGGAGAGUUGGAGGGUGGAGGGGAAUGAGGAACGGAGGAGGGAGGCGUAUGAGGCCGUGAAGGAGGGGGGAAAGGGGAAGAAGGGGGAGGGUGAUAAGUAGGGAGAAAGAGGAGCAAACAGAGGUAGGUUGGUGAUGAUGGUUUAUGAAUGAUAUUGCAUAUUUUCCUUUUUGAAAAGGAGAAGACAAACUGCCAUCAUCAGCAUACGGCAUUGACACUUUCGCUUGAUGGUGGCCGAUCUUCGUUCACGUAGGUGGGGAUACACCCUGGUCAGGCCAUGCACCGGAGCGGGACUGGAACCGGGUCCACGUGGUUAUUUUAACGUCGACUCAACCUUUUCCCAUUCAUCUCACAAUCGCUUCUUGGCGUAUAUUGUAAAUCUCUUUUUCUACUUACCCAAUAUAUCAUCCAUAAUACAGGCACGUUUCAUCC